AUGGACUCUUUGUCUGGAGCCGCCGAUUCGGACCCCGCGUACCUUAGGCAGUCCAAGGUAACGGCGGCCUACAUCGCGCUUUCCCUCCCCAUUCCGAUCGAACUCUUCUCGACGGGCUUGCGCCUCUGGGCUGAGCUCCGCUUGCAUCGUCGAGGCAAUCUUGCUGCGGAUGACUUUUUGAUUAUUUGGGCCACGGUUGUCAGCGUGGGAGCCUGCGUAAUAAGCCUACAAGCACCCCGAUACGGUUUCGGUCGACACCUUGAAGUCAUCCCAGAGGAGAAUAUCACGCCUUUGCUGAAGAUCGUCUACAUAAGUGUUCACUUCUACCUUGUCGCAAAUGCCUGCACCAAGCUCUCUGUUCUUGCUUUAUACCAUCGCGCUUUUCCCUCGGUUACCUUCCGGAGAAUCGGGCUCACGACCACGAUCUUUGUUAUUAUUUGGCUUAUAGUGAUUGAGGUCGCGUGGGCAUUGACAUGUCGGCCUAUACAACGGUUCUGGGACCAAGAUAUGAAGAAGGAAGGGCUGGGGGAGUGCUCGAAUGCCGUCACUGGUCUGUCCCUCUACUCGACCAGCAACCUAUGCCUUGACAUAUGGAUCUUUAUCCUUCCGUUGCCUCUCAUCGCUAGGCUGAACAUUACGACUAAAAAGAAGGUAUUGCUCUGUGGGCUUUUUUCCGUCGGGCUUGGUACCUGUGUUCUCAGCGCUGUCAGACUCGGUUUCAUAGCCGACAUGACUUCUCCGACGUACACCUGGGAAGUUACUCCAGGGAAAGGCGUGACUUUCGGCAUUAUCUCCAUCUGGGAACCACUCGGGGGCAUCCUCUGCGCCAACCUUCCAAUUAUAUACAAGCCCUUAGCAUCUGGGUUUUGCCGUGUUAGGGAAUUCUUUGGCUCAAAUGAUCCGCAUACUUCAGGCUCCUCAAGACGUCGCCUGACCCGACAUAGCUGGCUCCAGUAUCAGCCGCACAAGACGCAGGUGAACCGCGAUCUCGAGAUAAGUACGAUGCAGCCGUUAGACUCAACAGGACACUCGUCUAUAACGUACACCUACGAUGAGCCCAUGGAUGUUGAAGGGAUCUUGGCGGGAAGCCCUAAAAGCACUGGGCAUACCGCAGCUGCCGAGGUCUCUGCGCAUGGUCCUGAAAAUAAUGGAACAGGACUAGAAGGGAAUAAGCAUAGCUAA